AUAAUUUGUGUCGUUGCGCUUGAAACCUCUAGAGAAGCCAAAGAGACGGACGAAAUAAAAUAGCGGCAAAAUUGGCGAGAGAGAUAUAGAAAGAAUGAUUCGACGGAGCCGGCGAGAUUGAGCCAGAGCUCGAGAGAGAUUGAAUGAAUCGGUGAGAGCAUGAUUGAUUGAGGACGAGAUUCAGGGAGAGAAGUAGAGACGUGUUUUUAGGGAGAAUAUCGUGUGAGAAUGUUUGAAGGACUCGUUGGACAGUUGCUUGUGGGUUAUUUGGGCCGAUAUGUCAAGGAUAUUCAGAAGGAGAAGCUAAAGAUUACAUUCUGGAACGAGGAAAUUUUAUUGGAGAAUGUUGAGCUCAUUCUAGAGGCCUUUGAUUAUCUUCAAUUGCCAUUCGCCCUAAAGGAAGGUCGUGUAGGGAGGUUAAGCAUCAAGAUUCCAUGGAAAAAGCUUGGAUGGGAUCCAAUCAUUAUUAUUUUAGAGGAUAUAUAUAUUUCUGCAUCUCAGCGGGAUGAUGGUGAGUGGAGCUCAGAUGCAGUUGAAAAAAGAGAAUUUGCUGGGAAGAAGGCCAAAAUUGCUGCUGCAGAGCUGGCAAAACUAUCAAGGCGUGUAUGUGAUAAUCAUGCUGGACAAUCAUUUAUCUCUUACAUCACAGCAAAGAUUCUUGACAACAUCCAAAUAUCCAUCAGAAAUUUUCACGUCAUGUUCCUUGAUAUGACUGGCGACCUGGGACAUAUAAAGCUAGGUUUGAAGUUUUCCAGCCUGAAGAUAAUGAAACAAAUUCUGUCAUUGGCUGGGUGGGGACGAGGAAGCCAAGUCAACAAACUAGUGGAGAUUAUAGGCUUGGAAAUUUAUUGUUCUUGUCAAAGUGCAGUUGAUGUUGAGGGGUGUAAAGAAGCAAGGGGUGCUAAAGUGAGCACAUUGGAAGAAAAAAGUGACUUCAUAUUAGCUCCAUGUGAUGCAGUCUUGUCACUCAUGGUUAACAGGUCAGGAAAGCUUGAUAAUAGUACUCCACAAUAUUCUGUUAAAGCUGACUUAAGUAGCCUGGUUUUCACUUUGAAUGACGUUCAGUUGCAACAAAUAUUGAAUUUGUGGGAUUAUCUUUCCAUAUGCCGAUUAAGAGAUAAGUAUGGAAGAUUUCGCCCUUGGUGCUCCCCCCUUUCGAGGAAAGUGAAGGGUUGGCAAAUGUUAUGGUGGCAUUAUGCGCAACAAUCUGUCUUGUUAGAUGUACGAAAAAAAUUAAAGAAAUGUUCAUGGAAAUAUCUUGGACAGAGACUACUCUAUCGUCGGAGGUAUGUUGAGUUUUACAAGAAAAAGUUGGAGUUUCUUCACAAUGACCAGUCAAUAGAUGAUCAUAUUCUCAAAGAAUUGGAGGUAUUGGAGAAAGAGUCAGAUAUAGAAGAUAUUUUAAGUUAUAGAUCGACAGCUGAAUGUGAAUUACAGCAUCUAUUCGGCAGUUUGAGACCAGAAAUGGUAAUGACUGGUACACAAACAACUGUUGAGAAGUCACAAGUUGAUGAUCGUGCAGUGGGAAAACCUCGAGGAUGGCUUAACUGGCUAUCCCUUGGUAUGUUAGGUGCUGGGGGUACUGAAGAUUCAAGUCAAUUUUCUGGUGUCAUUUCUGAUGAUGUCGUAAAGGAUAUAUACAAGGCUACCGAAUUCCACCCUUCGGUUUUUCCUAAUGUCAGUGCAGCUGAUGAAGGAAGAAUCUGCUUUUGUGCCAUCGAAUUCGACAUUCAUCAGAUCUCAGCAACUUUGAUGAGCAAGAAGUACGGUCAAGAAAUUGCGAAGAUGAUAUUCAUCAAGACGAUGGUGGAAUGUAAAAUCUGGGUGGAAUCUGCGACCAUCAAUAUAGUAGUCAAUUCUAUCGAGAUGCUCAAUCCACUAAACCAGAGAGUUCUAAUUUUUCUUAAAAUGCCUCUUUGUGAGAAAGGUGUUGAGACUGAUGCUCCUUCCUGCAGUAUCCAAGUUGACGUUUCACCCAAACAUGAGGUCAACCUAUCAGUAAAGGUGAUGCUGAAUCCAUUAGUGGUUACUUAUGAUUCCAAGUUUUUUCUUCGCUUGUCAGAGUUUUUUGAUGAACUCAAGUCCUUCGAAUCUCUUGACAGAAGGGUUCUUUCAACUCUAGAUGGAAUUGAAAAUGCCAAAGCUCGAUUGCUAUCCAAAGCUCAAUGCAUAAUGUCAGGGUAUAAGAAAGUGAUGUGGGACAUUACUGUCAAUGGCAUUACAGUCCACGUCCCUUGGAGUACACCUUCACAACAAAAUAGCUUGGUACUACAAGUGGCCACUCUUUGUGUAACAUCGAAAUAUGAUUGGAGUUUACUAACUUCAAGAUUUAAAGAACAAUCUGUUAUGCUAAAACGCUUGAGUGAUCCAAAUUUGGCCUCUGAUAUUGCUUUUAUAGUUCAGCCUGAAAAUCUGUAUGAUCACUUUGAUAUCCAACUACGGGAUUUGGAGAUGGAGAUCCAAAUGCCUUCUCAUUCUCGGAGUAUUCCUAUUUUUGAAAAGUUCAGUGUUGUUCUUGCCUUACGUUCCUGUUUGAUCCCUAAUGAAUCAUCGUUGAAACAGCUGGAGGUUCUUUUUCAAUUAUCAUCACUUCAUGUACAUUUCUCUCCAUCAAUAUAUGGUUCAGCUUUGGAGCUUGCUGUGUAUUUGAAUAAUCUAAUAGCAAAUCAUGGCUUUGAAGAAUCGGAAGAUCGUGGAUCCCUUAACACGAUUUCAAAUGGACAUGGCAAUAAUUUUUCUGGUUUCUCCUUGUCAGCAACUCUCCAUUCUGUUAGAUUUGAAAUUGAUCUAGAGAACGAUGAUCAAAAUGCUUCUGCCAUCAUGCUUGUCCUAGAAGAUAUAGAGAUAUGGUACGAUAUUUUAGUCUUCGAGGAGCUAUGGGUCUGCCUCAAGGCAUUGAAUAUUACAAUUCAUCCCAUGAGUGGUGAUGGAGAUGAGCAGGUUUUGUAUUCUUGUGGCAAUAAAUCUCGUGGUACAUUCUCUCAUCUCCAUGGCACUGAUAGUCGACAUAACAAGGAAGAUGGUUUGAGUGAUAUGAUUGGUAAUGCUGGAAAAUGCUGCACCUUACAUUUUAGGUCUGGUAGAAAUGAUGCAGCCAAAAUUGCCAUAUAUUUGAAUGAUGCUGAGAUCCACUGCUAUCCAUAUGUUAUUGGAUUGCUCGUUGGAUUUUAUGAUAGACUAUCUGCUUGUAAUGCAACUCCUAGCUAUGAGAACGCUAUUGGACCGGAGACGAAUGAUGAAUAUGUCAAACCCAUAGCAUUGUCACCAUGUCAGAGAUUUGGUUUCUCAAACUUUAUAGAAAUUGAUUCAAUUGGACAUGACAGCAUUCCAUUAGAUUGCUUUCCUUUUGUUACUUUACAGAAUUCUGGCUUGCUUGGUAGUCUUGAGAAUCCUUAUCUUAACCUAAGUUCUGAUUGGAGAAAACAUUACAAAAUAAGGGAUGGAAAAAUCAGAAUUCCAGAGUUUGAGACAGGACCUACUAUAUUCCACACCCAACCAACCAAACCUACUUUGGAGAGUUCCUCCCACCCUAGUCGUCAUGAUAUUUAUUUUGUUUUAUGUGGAAUCAAAGUCCAUUUCCACGAUUCUUCUUGCAUUGUUGGAUCUCUCACGCUUCCAACUUGUAAAUCUUCUUUAUUUAUUUGUGAAAACUAUUUUGACGUAUUAUGCUCAGUAGAGGGAUUGACCGUCACAUCCUCUUGGACACAGAAUUGUCUUGAAUUAGUAUGGGGCCCUUCAUUUCCAUAUUUGUCUCCUAUUUUAAAUUUCCGUGUGAGGCAAGUAAAAUGCUUGACAUCAAGUGCCAAGAUUGAAAUCAGUGUUGGGAUUCAACAUGUUUUUUGUUUCUUACCACCUGAAUUUUUGGCCAUGAUCAUUGGUUAUUUUACAUUGCAUGAUUGGAGUAUGCAGUCAAAUGAGAACUGUUUCACAGGGAGGAAUGAGCAUACUGGUUUAGAAGUAGAAACUUCCAUUAUUUAUAAAUUCGAAAUUCUGGAUUCAGCUUUGGUUGUGCCUGUUGAAAAUUGUGAGCUUCAGUUUCUUAGUUUGGAAAUUAAAGAGUUGUAUUUUACAUUCUUUGGAGGCAACUUAGAUGAUGCAUUGAAGGGCAUUCCUCCUGAUUGUUCUAUUCCAGUUCACAAGCUUGCUGGGACAAAUCAUUGUAUAAAUCUUUUUGGACGAGAAUUAUUUCUCUCGUUGCUGCUUGUCAAGGAUAUAACUAGUUUUUUUUUCUUUCAAAGUACUGAGUGUCAAAAGGUUAGUUUAGUUGAACUGCUAAAUGCAGAUAUCUGGGUCAGAAUUCCUUGUGAAAGUGAACUUCUCAACAAAAGCUUGCAAGCAACAUGUAUAAUGACGAGGAUAAGAAAUUGUGAAGUAAUUGUUGAUGAUAAUCAUGCACUUGGUGGAUUUAUGGCACUAAUCGGGAACAUAAAUCAAUUUGCUUCUGUUGAAGACCAAUCUAGAUGUUUCAAGUCUGAUGUUCUACAGUUUCUUCAGUUAACGAGGCGUCUAAAAGAGGACACAGCAGUUUUAUUUCCUGCGUCGAACACAACACUCACUGAAUUUAAAUAUUGCAUUGAUUCUCUUUGCUUGAAAUUGAAACGGCAGAAAAAUGAAAUAUUGGAAAUGAAUUACAGAGUAGAAUUGCAAUUUACAUGCUCCGGCACAUUGAGAAAUGGUAUUGUCGAAGAUAUGAAUUUUUGUUUCGCUUUGAUGGUGUUAUACUCAGAGCCCAAAUCUGUUGUCAUGGCUAAGUCCAGCACAGAGCAGGCUUCAUCUGUACCUGACAUCUGCCUUUCAAGGCCAAGUCAAGGUCCAGUUGAACUUUGUGUUUUCCUUCCAUCUAUUGAUGUUUGGUUAUAUCUUUCAGAAUGGAUAGAGAUUGUUGAUAUAUUGAAUUCUUAUGUUGGAAAAAUGACUCAAUUCCUGAAUAACACGGCAUUAGGAGGUUCAUCAAUCACUUUUCCAGAUAGUGUGUGUUCUUCAUCCAUGCCAAUUGAAUCAGCAUCAGAGAAUACAGAGGAUGAUGAUACUGUACUUACUGUUAGAGUAAAGGACAUGGUAAUUGCAUUUCACUUUCCUGUGUAUGUUACAGAAUCUGCUGGUGAACUUCAUGUAGCUCAAGUUGAUGAGAAAGCACGUCCGAAUGUUUCUUCAGAUAUUGUGGAAGGAAAGUACUGCAGAUUCAUUAUGGUUUCUUUUCACAGUAAAAGAACUGAGGUUCUUAUUAACAGUAAAUACACAUUAUUAACGUCUGGCAUAGAAAAAGUGUGUGGCAUGUUAUCGAAGUGUGAGGAAAAGGGUGAUCAAUCUUGUCCUCUUUUUGAGAUUUUUGGAGUCAAUUUGGAGGUUGACGUAAGCAGCAAUCAAUUGAAGCUUGUUUUGAUCCAACUGAAUUUUCAGUGUGAAUGUGUGAAUAUUUGGUUUUCUUAUCACGUAUUCUAUUUAUGGAAGCAUAUUGAAUUUGAUCUCUCUGAGGCUAACUCAUCGUCUGCAACUUGUCCUAUUCAAUUCGAAGUCCAACUGAAGAAAGUUUCAUUUCUACUUAGUGAUGGACGGUGGAGUUGUUGCAGACCGCUGCUGGAAAUUCUUAUGGGGAACAUUCUAUUGCAUGUUAGCAUGACCGAAAACACCAUGGAGGACUUCAUCAGCGGUGAAUUUAGCAUGAAUUACAAUAACAUUCAAAAGGUGUUUUGGGAGCCUUUUGUGGAGCCUUGGAACUUUACAUUAAACAUGACUCGGAAGCAAGAGAGUACUUCCCUGUUGAACAGUUCUGUUUUGACUGAUGUGCAUCUUGUGUCUUCCUCACAGCUUAAUUUAAACCUCACAGAAUCCUUUACCGAGUGUCUUUCUAGAACAAUAGACAUGAUCAAGGAUGCUUGGGAUCUGUUUGGAAAAGACGAUACUCCUCAAGGCCAAUUAUCGCCAAACUCUCCUCAUGCUGAAAAUAUUGUUUCUGGAAAACAUGCUCCCUACAUACUGCAGAAUCUAACUUCCUUGCCUCUUGAAUAUCAUGUUUAUGAAGGACCCUUUGAUUCUGUUGAGUUUGACAUUGCAGAGUUCAAAGAAAGAAGAUAUGUGCAACCAGGAAGUUCUGUUCCAAUUUAUAUUAGUGAAUCUGCUGAAAAACAAUUCUUUCGUCACAGAUCCUUUCAUUCAUUGGAAAAACUAGAUGAGCCGCACACAUAUGGAGUGGGUCAUCAUUUUAUUUCCAUCCAGCUUGAUGGUACAUCUGUACCAUCUAUUCCCAUUUCCAUGGAUCUUGUUGGACAGACGUACUUUGAGGUUGACUUUUCCAAGACAUCAAACGAGGAACUGGAUAUGUCUGAUAACAUGUCAGAAGAUGCUGAUAACGUGGAAAAGUUUCAAAAACAUAUGAGUGGAGGCUUCGUAGUUCCAGUUGUUUUUGAUGUUUCUGUUCAACGCUAUGGCAAGCUUAUUCAACUAUACUCCACGGUUAUACUUUUCAACCAAACAUCAAGGCCUCUGGAGUUCCGCUUUGACAUUCCGUUUGGUUUGGCUCCGAAGAUAUUAGAUCCCCUGAAUCCUGGUAAAGCAAUGCCAUUGCCUCUGCAUUUGGCUGAAGCUGGUUGUGUGAGGUGGCGUCCUAGUGGAAACUCUUACUUGUGGAGUGAAACUUGUAACCUCUCUAACCUUCUUGCUCAGGAGAGUAAAGUAGGAUUAUUUAGAGCCUUUGUUUCUUAUCCAUCUCAUCCUAGUAGUGAUCCGUUUCGCUGUUGCAUGUCAACAAGAAAUAUUAAACUCCCUUUACAUCAGAAGCUGAGGAAGUUCGGUAAUGAUUUAAUGCAUUCAGCAGUUGACCCUGAUCCAAAAAUCCACAGUCCAGCAAAAUCACAGGAACGGUGUAUUUACCACUUGACCCUUAGCUCUCCUUUGGCAGUGAGGAGUUUUCUUCCUGAAGAAGUUAAACUAAUUGUAGAUACUGGUGGAAUGACACAUUCUGCUAUUCUUUCAGAGGUCAAAACUUUCUUCCAUCAUAUUGAUCCUUCACAUGACCUAGAACUUGAAAUCCAAAUUCAUGGAUAUAGACCUUCAUAUGUGAAGUUCCCUAGAGCAGAAACAUUUUGCUCAAUAGCAAAGUUUGAUGGAAUCAAGUUCUCACUUUCUGAGACCAUAAUUCUGAGCCCUGGUCCAGUAUACAUAACACUUGAUAAGUCGGUGGAUGCAUUUUCUGGUAGCAGAGAACUCAACUUUUUUGUUCCGUUUCUAUUAUAUAAUUGUACUGCCAUUCCCCUCUUGAUAUCAGAAUCAGCGUAUGAACAAAAAGGUGUGAACAUCUUUGUACCAUCAUACUACGAUGUUGUUGAACAUGAACGUUCUGCUGGCAAAAGAGAUGGUCUUAGCUCAAUUACUGUGUGCAGUGGUUCUCAUGCUAUAGCUCCUGUCUCAACUCCAGAAAACUCAAAUCCACAGUUGAACAGUUUGAAUGGGAAAACUUUCAUUUCACGCAAUCAUCUUCAAAAGUCUUGUGUCCUUUCAAGCAUAAAUGAUUAUAACUUGAAAUCCUGCCAAAAUACUAGUAAUGUAAGUUCAAGUUCAUGUGACUAUGCAUGUGGAAGCGAUCCUAAUUCUUUAGAUUUUAAGCAAGUAAAAGUUAGAGCACAUAUGUUUUCUCCCAGUAAACCCUCAUCUGCAGAUGAAGUUAUGGUUAGGGUGAGCAGGUUCCUACCAGAAUGUGCUGUAGAAGAUAUUCGUAGUGUUUCUUGGUCAAGCCCAUUCUAUCUUGUUCCCAGAAAUGGUUCAGCUACUGUUCUCAUUCCAAAAUCGUCACCAAAUGCUGCCAAUGUGAUCUCCGUUACAUCUAGUACGAUUUCUGGAUCUUUUCCUGAGAUGACCAGCAUAAUCAUGUUCCAGCCUAGAUAUGUCAUAAGUAAUGCAUGUUCCCAAGAUAUCUGCUACAAACAGAAGGGAACUGAUUAUAUCAUCCCUUUGGCAGUUGGAGAACAUUUCCAUCUUCAGUGGACUGAUACAACUAGGGAACUACUGGUUUCUGUUCGUUAUAACGAACCUGGGUGGCAAUGGUCUGGCAGUUUCAUACCUGAUCAACUUGGCGAUACUCUUGUGAAAAUGCGAAAUUAUAUCACUGGUUCUUCAAAAGUUCUUAGAAUUGAAGUUCAGAAUGUUGAUGUAUCAAUUGACAAUAAGAUUGUUGGAAAUGGUCAUGGAAAUUUAGGGACAAAUUUGAUUCUCCUGUCGGAUGAUGACACCGGAUAUGUACCUUACAGAAUAGAUAACUUUUCAAAGGAGAGAUUACGAAUUUACCAACAAAGAUGUGAAAAUUUCGAGACCAUUGUUCACCCUUAUACAUCUUGCCCAUAUUCUUGGGAUGAACCUUGCUACCCACGUCGUCUAGUUAUUGAGGUUCCUGGAGAGCGCAUACUAGGAUCUUAUGCUCUUGAUGAUGUACAGGAUUUCGUUCCUGUGUGUUUGCCAUUAACCACUGGGAAAAAUGAGAGGAUGUUGCAUUUAUCGGUUAAUGCUGAAGGAGCAACAAAGGUUUUGAGCAUUGUUGAUUCAACCCAUCAUAUUCCAAGUGUCUCUCAUUUUGGAGAAAAGAAAAAACUUGUUCAGAAACAGGAAAAGUUCAUUGAUUACACGGAGAAAUUUUCGGUUUUUAUAUCUUAUAUUGGUAUAUCAUUAAUUAAUUCUGCCCCUGAGGAGAUGGUAUAUGCUUGUGCAAAAAACAUAACAAUCGAUUUGCUGCAAAGUUUGGAUCAACAGAAGUUCUCUGUAAAACUGCUAUCUUUUCAGAUAGAUAAUCAAUUUCGGAAUAGUCCAUAUCCUGUAAUCUUGUCUUUUGAUCAAGAAUACAGAAGCAACCCAACUGGAAGCUUGAACAAGGAUAUCAGUGCAGUGACAAGAAGUGAAGGUGUUCUGCAAGUUGAUGGCUCAUUUGAACCUGUAUUCUAUCUUUAUGCAUCAAAGUGGAAAAAGGCAGAGAGUUUAUUGGUUUCAUUUGAAAAUAUAUUCUUAAGAAUAUCAGAUGUUCGACUUGAGAUUGAGCAGCAAGUGAUGUUAAGCUUGUUUGAGUUUUUCAGAAAUGUGUCGUCAAAUUUAAGGGGUGAAGUGUCUCAAUUUUCAAAAUCCAUGUUGCAUCCUCUUGCAAAUGAUCCAGCUCUUGAAUACUUCAGUCCCAGGACAAAACCUCUUCAUUUUUCAGAAUAUCCUUUUUUUGAUGGACUUGAUGGAGGCAGCACAUUAUUACCUUCAGUUGUUCCUAUUGGAGCUCCUUGGCAGCAGGUUUACCUCUUAGCAAGACAGCAAAAGAAAGUUUACGUUGAAUUGUUUGAUUUGGCACCUAUUAAGUUGACAGUAAGCUUUUCCACCAUUCCAUGGGUGCUCAAGAACCCUAUCCUUACAUCUGGUGAAUUACUGAUGCAUAGAGGUCUUUUGGCUCUCGGGGACAUUGAAGGAGCUCAGAUUCAUCUCAAGCGCCUGACUAUUGCACAUCACAUGGCCAGUUGGGAAUCAAUCCAAGAGAUUCUUAUUAGGCAUUACUCAAGGCAACUUUUUCAUGAAAUAUAUAAGGUUCUUGGUUCUGCUGGUGUCAUUGGUAAUCCCAUGGGAUUUGCUAGGAGAUUGGGGAUUGGAAUAAGAGAUUUCUUGUCGGUGCCUGCUAAGACCAUUUUGCAGAGUCCAACUGGGCUGAUCACUGGCAUGGUACAAGGAACUACAAGUCUCUUAAGUAAUACAGUUUAUGCAUUUAGUGAUGCUACCACUCAGUUCAGUAAAGCUGCGAGGAAGGGUAUUGUCGCAUUUACGUUUGAUGAUCAAGCUUUUUCAAGAAUUGGGCAACAUCAGACAGGUGUUUCUUUAAACAGUGGUGGUGUCAUUAGUGAAGUUUUAGAGGGGCUCACUGGUCUUCUUCAAUCACCAAUUAGAGGAGCUGAGAGACAUGGUCUCCCAGGGGUGUUCUCAGGCAUUGCAUUAGGAAUCACAGGACUUGUGGCAAAACCAGCUGCCAGUGUUCUAGAACUUACUGGCAAAACUGCCCAGAGCAUCCGAAACAGAAGUAGGUUAUAUCAAAUGAGACCACAGCGACUUAGAGUACGCCUUCCUCGUCCUUUGAGCACCAUGCUUCCUCUGAGGCCUUACUCCUGGGAGGAAGCAAUCGGAUCAUCUGUACUUCUGGAAGCAGGAGGAGAUGACAUGAAGCUCAGUGAUGAAGUGUUAGUUGCCUGCAAAGCACUUAAACUAGCUGGAAAAUUUGUUGUCAUCACUCAGAGUUUAAUAUUAAUCGUUAGCUGUGCAAGCUUAGUGGACUUGGGCAAGCCUGAAUUUCGAGGCAUUGCUGCUGAUUCCAAAUGGGUGAUAGAGUCAGCUAUUGGUUUGGAAACUGUCAUUCAUGCUGACACCAAUAAAGAUGGAACUGUCGUCCACAUCGUCGGAAGCAGUUCCGAUUUAUUAUCAAGGCCAAAUAAAUCUGUCCAGAAAAGAGUAAUUGGGAGAAGUAGUACGGCAGUGAGAUGGACUGGUCCAACUCCUCUUCCUAUUUUUGAGACAAUCCUUGAACUAGAGCUCAAGGAAGAUGCUGAAAACCUGUUGAAGAUCUUGUUAUCUGCAAUCGAAUUAGCCAAAGACUGGGGCUGGCACCGUGGUCGUCAUGUUCUCCACCGAUAUGAUGUAAAAUAGGCCAACAGCUCCUUCAUCUUCAUGUCCAAAUUUUUCUCUUCCACACAUUUUUUUAGGUAGAAAACUUUGCUUAAUUUGUAGCUUUUCUUGGUUGCAGUUAGAAAGUAUGUGUAUAUGUAUAGGCGUUCACUCUCUCUAAAGUGGAGAGCAAUUUGCAACCACAUUGUAAAUUAAUUGUUCUGUGAUUACAUAUGUACCAAUUGUUUGAAUAAAGUUUUUUUUAAGAAAAGGGAAACUUAUUUUUUGCAA